GAGGAACUUCCUGCCCGUGCGCCCUGCGCUCUGCUCGGAGGCUCAGUGCGCACGGCGGGCGGCGGGAGGGGAGGCGCGUCAAGGGGUUUCGCGUAGUUCGGGCUCCUAGCCCGCCAGCCCAGAUUCCACGCUGGAGAUCUUAAAGACCUUGGAGAAGAGCCACGUGGGGGGCUGGUUCCCCUGGGGCUUCCUGCCCUCCCCUGACUGCCUGAUUCUUUGGAGCGUGCCCGAUGUCUGCAAAGAUGUGGAUCUGGACGUGCUCGUGGACGCCCUCAAGCCCGUGGGGACCUUCAAGAAGAUCGGCAAAGUCUUCCGUCGGGAAGAGGACUCCACGGUGGGGAUGCUGCAGAUCGGGGAGGACGUGGACUACCUGCUCAUCCCCCGCGAGGUCAGGCUGGCCGGAGGCGUCUGGAGGGUCAUCUCCAAGCCUGCCACCAAGGAGGCGGAAUUCCGGGAGCGCCUCACCCAGUUUCUGGAGGAGGAAGGCCGCACCCUGGAGGACGUGGCGCGCAUCAUUGAGAAGAGCACCCCGCAUCCGCCCCAGCCCCCCAAAAAGCCCAAGGAGCCCCGGGCGAGGAGAGUCCAGCAGAUGGUGACUCCGCCACCCCGGCUGGUCGUGGGCACCUAUGACAGCAGCAACGCCAGCGACAGCGAGCUCAGCGACUUCGAGCUGGCCCGAGGUAGGGGCCCAGGCAGGGGUGCCCGGCGCGCCCAGGGCUCAGGGCGCGGCCGCAGGGUGCGCAGAAUGCCCGUCAGCUAUCUGGGCAGCAAGUUCCUGGGGAGCGACGUGGAGAGCGAGGAUGACCAGGAGCUGGUGGAUGCCUUCCUGCGGCGCGGGGAGAAGCAGCCUGCAGCCCCCCAGCUCCGCCGCCGGGUGGCAGUGCCGGUGCCCACCGUGGAGGACCCCCCGGGGCUGCGGCAGUCCAAGGCCGACAGGUGGCGCGAGUACAUGGGGCAGGUGAAGCGCAGGGUGAAGGGCUGGGCGCCCAGGGCCGGCCAGGGGGGUGACGAGGCGCGACUGGCCCCUCCCCUGGUGGAGAGAGAUGAGGCUGCCCGGCAAGGUAGUGCCAGCUUGGGGCUGAAUGUAGGAGAUUCUGCAGAGGGACCAGUGCCUGAGACCCUUCCACCCCAAAGACGUUGGAAGCCCAAGAUCAGCUGGGCCUCUUUCAGGCGACGCAGGAAGGAGGUGGCGGCACCCACAGCUCUAGUGACAGAGGGCAUAGCUGUCCAGGGGGAAGAGGCCAUAGUUGUCCAGGGCCAAGAGGUUCCAGCUGUCCAGGGGGCAGAGGCCAUAGUCGUCCAUGGGGCAGGGGUUCCACCUGUCCAGGGAGUGGAGGCCAUAGCCAUACAAGGAGCAGAGGCCCCAGCCGUCCAGGGAUCAGAGGCCCCAACUGUCCAAGGAGCAGAGGCUCCAGCCGUCCAAGGAGCAGAGGCCCCAGCCAUCCAAGGAGCAGAGGCCCCAGCCGUCCAAGGAGCAGAGGCUCCAGCCGUCCAGGGAGCAGAGGCUCCAGCCAUCCAGGGAGCAGAGGCCCCAGCUAUCCAGGGAGCAGAGGCCCCAGCUGUCCAGGGAGCAGAGGCUCCAGAUAUCCAGGGAGCAGAGGCUCCAGCCAUCCAGGCAGCAGAGGCUCCAGAUGUCCAGGGAGCAGAAGCUCCAGCCAUCCAGGGAGCAGAGGCUCCAGCUGUACAGGGAGCAGAGGCUCCAGCCAUCCAGGGAGCAGAGGCUCCAGUCCUCCAGGGAGCAGAGGCUCCAGUCCUCCAGGGAGCAGAGGCCCCAGCCAUCCAGGGAGCAGAGUCUCCAGCCGUCCAGGGAGCAGAGGCUCCAGCCGUCCAGGGAGCAGAGGCUAUAGGUGAUCAGAGGGUGGGAGCCCCAGCCAGGCUGGAAGUUGCAGCCCAGGAACCCACCAGAGCAACCCCAGCAGCCAGGGCCCGGAAACAGGUGAAGACAGUGAGGUUCCAGACCCCCAGGCGCUUCUCCUGGUUCCGCAAGCGCCAGAGGGCCUUCUGGCACACUCCCCGCUUGCCAACCCUGCCCAAGAGAGUCCCCAGGACGAGCGAGGCCAACAGCCUCCGGGUGCUGAGGGCUGAGGCCAGAGCGGAGCAGGGAAACCAAGAAGACCAGCUGUGAGGUGAAGGUGGGAGGCUUCUACUUUUAUUUGGAGGGUAGGACAGAGAAUUUGAUAGGUGGGAGAUAGAAAAGGAGAGAGAAGGUGGUCUGGGAGGUGGUGCAGUAGAUAAAGCAUUGGACUCUCAAGUAUGAGGUCCUAAGUUCAGUCCCUGGCAGCACAUGUACCAGAGUAAUGUCUGGUUCUUUCUCUCUCCUAUCAUUCCUCAUGAAUAAAUAAAUAAAAAUCUAAAAAAAAAAAAAAAAGAGGGAGAGGGAAGAGAAAGAUAGACAUUUGCACACCUGCUUCACCACUUAUGAAAUGUUCCCCCUACAGGUGGGGAGCCAGGGGCUCAAACUCAGAUCCCUGAAUGGGUCCUUGAGUUUAGUACGAUGUAUGCUUAACCAGGUGUGCCACCCUGGCCCUCAACAUCUCUUUCUUGUAUUUCCUCUUUCAUGCUUUGAUGUCUUUCGUUUUUUAAUGCAUAUAUAUAUAGAUAGAUAGAUAGAUAGAUGGCAACGCAAGUGGCCCAUGUUUUUAUUUUCUUCUCCAAUGCAAACUAGGUGGAUAGAUGGGGGUGGGGGGUGUUCCUUUCCUCCCCUUCACCCUUUCAUCCACACACCUCUGAGCAGACUGCCUGCUCAGAGGUGUGCCAACGUCAAAUAAAAAUGUUUAUAAACAUC